CUUCAAUAACAACAAACGAAAGAAACAAGUUUUUGGUCAUUAUUUAUUAACAUUAAAUUAGAAUUUAGAUCAAUUUUAAUGUUUUCAUUUUCGUGAGAUUGAUGUAAUUUGUAGAUUAUGUCAUGUCAAAAUUAUUAAUUUGACUUGACCUUGCGGGCAGUUAUAUUUUUAUUUUAACGUCCUCGUAUAACUAAAAUACAUGUUAAAAAAUAAAAAAGUAUCCGUCAAAAAAAUCUGCCCUGGUUGCGGACUACAGUUUCCUGUCGCUGUAAAGACCUGUACCAAAUGCAAGCAUUCGUUUUACCUUUCAAAGAAGGACAUACCACUAACUACAACGGCACAAGGAGGUACGUCUACCAGUACGUCACCUACGGAGGAAUCCAAAGAAGAUGUACCCACGGGUACAACUACAAAGUCAGACGGCCGCCGUAGAACUGAGCGUAUACGUCGCGAAAAACCAAACUACUAUGACGCUUCGGCAUUUAUACGCAAAACAAGGAAACGUUCUGAAAAAACAGGCUCAAAGCAAAAAGAUGGGUAUCCAAAUCGUAGAGGUGUUCAGAUAACCCAACCCAAAAAAGGAAUGGUUACGAGUAGAAAUAAGUUUAAACCAGGAAUUUUACAAGACCCCGAAGACAAAAUUUAUCACGCAAUUAUGAAUGAAGAAAAGGCUAAAGUGUGUGCAAUUAUUUUAACAGAAUUAAAUAAUAAACUAGCAUUAACUUCGUGGAAGCCGUAAAAAUAUAAUUCAGACCAAUUUUACAGAAGUGUAAAUAAUUUUUUUUUUUUUAAUUAUUAUUAUUAGAAUUAAUUUAAUUUUAAACUUCAUUUAAAAACUUAAUCAAAAAGUAAAUAUUAGGAUUUAAUCCUAAAUGCAGUAUCCAUUUGAACCUCGGCUAAAAAUACAAACUAUUCGAACUGUCUAUCCAUUUGUAUUAAACUAUUCAAAGUUGAUACUUAAUUUUUUAGGAUAAUAUUAUGAUUGUUUAUAAAAAAGAAAACAGUUGUACAGAUUUAAAACAAUAUGUGCCAUAUGUUACUUUAUUAUACAUAGGUAUAUACAAGUGCUAAAACAUAAAUUUGUUGUAGUGCAAUCAUUUUUUUGGGUGACACAUUUUCAUAAGUUGAUUGUGUGCAGUUUGUAAAUGAAAAAAAUGUAACGUACACCACUACGACCUCAAGCCAAUCAUAAAAUGUUUUUUUUCUCUAACACAUAAUUUUGUUUGCAUAAUUAUAGUAGAAAUACUAUUUAUAUGUAUUUCUUAUAGUGUGGUGUUUACAUUACAUAAUAAUUUAUAACGUAGUUAAUUAAAAAAUUAUAGUUUUUAUGAUAUAGCAAGAGAAUUAUGUCUUAA